CAAGGGAUCGCCAGAUCUGCUGCAGCUCGUUCCAAAAACCGAGGAAGGUACCUACCGCACAAGAGAAGCCAGUAUGUAUGAUCGUAUUCAUGAAAGCAAACACACCUUCGUUGGCUCCUUUGGGUUGCGUUGCGGAGAAUGGAUGCAGGAGGUGCAACCGAUGGCCGCGACAGGUAUGGCUUCUUCAAGCUGAGUGGAUAUGCGACGCUCCCGACAGCCGACGACAAGGAGAGGACCGACAAGUCCGUCCACAUUGGGCACAAGCUCGAUGUCCGUAUAGGCAGGGAGUCUUCCAAGGCGCCCAGCGACGCAGAUGGGAACUGCCAGUGGAUCCUCUACCCGCCUGAGAUGAAGAAACUCUCCCGCGCUGCCGCACGUAUCCGGUGGCGGCCGCUGAAGAAGGUGGAGAAUCUCAAGGGAGUGGCAGAUGGUACGCCGAUGGAGGGAUCAGCGUGGGUCUUGGAGGCGACCUCGAGCAACGUGGUGGUCAACCGGCGCCUCUUGAACGAGAACGACAAUGUGGUGCUCAAAUCGCGGUCUGCUAUCAGUCUGGGGCGGGGGGCAGUGCGGCUGUACUUCCUACUGCCGAGGGAAGGGUCUCAGAAGCCGCAGCAGUGACUCAGUUGAGAGAGACGGCUGUUGUGUUGUGUGUGUGCGUUGGUUGGUUGGUUGAGAGUUGCUUAGAUCCGCAUCUCUGUGUACAGCUAUUUGUCUGUAUCCCUCGCCCUGACUUUUGUUCCCCCUGACUUUUAUUCGCUGCAUGCCAUGCACUCUUGAUUGAAGGAUCGUGCUCACACACUUGACUGAUCGCACAAAGGGUGUGGUGUGCAUGAAGCGUCGACAAAUAGAUGGAUG